AUGGCCCAAACAAAUGAAAAUGUAGUUUCCAUAGAGCAGGAGCUGUCUGUGAAGCAAGUCACAAGAAGAGGUGGUGGGCAAGUAAGCAGAGGAGACCAAUUCCAACCUAUAGAAAUUGAGCAAAGUUCGAGAGUGAGUAUUUCGAGAGUGAGUAUUCCUAGGGAGGAGAGACUGGAAAAAUUUAGGGAAGAAGCAGCUGAAGAAAAAAGGUCAUCAACUGAAAAUGCCAAACCAAAGAUCCAAAGGGUUCCCUUCAUGCUCCGAGAUCACAAAAAUUUCGAAAAAUACUACGAGCCAAGGGUAGCUGCCAUCGGUCCUUUCCACCAUGGUAAACCAAAGUACGAGCAGGCAGAGAAAGUCAAGCGUCACUUAGCUGCGAACUUUGUCAAAGACAGUGAACAGAAUGACGCAGAUUUGCUCAAGAAGGUUGAGGAGAACAUCAAGGGACUAAAGGAGUGCUAUGAUGAGGAAGCAACAAAGAAGUAUGAUGAUGAUUCCCUCGCGUGGAUGCUGUUCAUUGAUGGGUGUUCGACGCUGGAAUUCAUAUACAAAUAUGAAAAGUUAGAAUCUUUUAAGAUCAAAAGAGACCAGGUGGCCUUUGCAGAACAGGACAUGUUCUUGCUAGAGAAUCAACUUCCUUAUCUACUCCUGAAGCUGCUGAUGAGCUCGAGCAGCAAACAUGAGGAAUUGAAGGAGUCAAUUGAGAGGUUUGUUCAGAUGCACGGCGUUGCACCACCAGAUGAGAACCAGAAGUCACAACAAGAUGCACGAAAGCCAGAACAGAAGCCACCACAACCGGGAGCAGGCUUAGCACGACCCGGGCAACAUCCUGCAGUCACAAACAUAAAUAGGGAAGAGAAUCAACAUUCUCAAAGCACAGCAAUAACCAUCAAACCAAAGCCAACUGAACCAGAGCCAACUCAUCUUCUUGAGCUUCUGCUGACAAGAAUGCUAGGAUAUGCACCUAGAAAAAGUAAGCCAAGUGUCAACCUUGGUGCCCAAUCUUUUCGUAAUGUACAAGAGCUUCAGGCAGCCGGGAUCCAUUUUAGGCCGAGUAAGGAGGGCAGCUUAUUGGGCAACAUAGAUUUUAAGAGCUAUAUAUGCUGUGGGUUCCUUUAUCUUCCUAAAAUAAAAGUAGACGAUUCUAUGGGGCCUAAAUUCAUGAACUUGAUAGCCUACGAAAUGUGUCCCGAUUUCCAGAACGAUUUCGGGGUCACCUCUUACAUAAGCUUCCUGGAUUCGCUCAUCGAUCAUCCGGAUGAUGUGAAGCAUCUGAGGAAAAAGCACAUACUUCGAAACUUACUUGGGAGUGACGAGGAGGUGGCUCAACUCUUCAAUGAGAUAGGCACUGACUUGGUUCCUAACAAUGCAAUUUACCGCGUUCUUAAAAGUAAGAUAGAAGAUCACUGCCAGACCAUGUGGAAGAAACGGGUGGCUAAAUUCUUUCAUGAACAUUUCAGCAGGCCCUGGACUAUCCUGCCUUUCAUUGGUGUUCUCUUAGGGCUUGGGAUGACCGCUGCUCAGACUUGGUACGCCGCCAAUUCUAGUACCCCUCCAUGUGAGGCCUUACUUGAGUACCUGAAAGCGCACAGGUACUAA